ACAAUGUGAGGCAGUUUGGUGCAGAAUUAGCUAAAAAUAUUAAAAGAAAAAGAAAAAAACGAUGACAAUGACCACUUACCCCUCAAACCAUUCCCCUCCCUCAGCUUCAACGUUAUAAUAGAGCCCGGGCAAAAAACGGGUUGGGUCAUCUUCAAUAAGAGGUUGGCGGAGGACUGUUGGUCAUGGCAUCUCCCUCUCCCAAGAAUCUGACAACUACCAACCAUUUGAGACAUGUGGAAACCAUGGCCUCUCUGCCUUCGGGCGCCGGCAAGAUUUCCCAUUUGAACGCUGUCAUCUUGGGCGAGGCUUUUGCUUCGGAUGAGGACGACCUCGUUUUCCCAAGCGAUGAUUUGUCUCUCCAGGCUCUGGUUCCUUCUUCCCAAAAGUACCUGGAGAUGUACAAAAGGUCAAUCGAGGACCCCGCUGGAUUUUGGUCUGGCAUUGCAUCAUCGGAGUUCUACUGGAAGCAAAUAUGGGGAGAUCAGGUCUACUCUGAGAAUCUCGAUGUGAGGAAAGGGAAUAUCAGGGUCGAGUGGUUCAAAGGCGGCAUCACUAAUAUGUGCUACAAUUGCUUAGAUAGAAACAUCGAUGUUGGACUAGGAGACAAAAUCGCUCUUUAUUGGGAAUCCAACGAAAUUGGCUUUGAUGCCACUUUGACUUACUCCCAGCUACUCCACCGAGUUUGCCAGCUUGCUAACUACCUGAAAAGUAUUGGUGUUAGAAAGGGUGAUGCUGUUGUUGUUUAUUUGCCUAUGUUAAUGGAACUCCCCAUUACCAUGCUUGCAUGUGCGCGCAUUGGUGCUGUUCACUCGGUUGUCUUUGCUGGAUUCUCUGCAGAAUCUCUUGCCCAACGAAUUGUGGACUGCAAACCAAAAGUUGUUAUUACUUGUAAUGCUGUUAAAAGAGGUCCUAAGACCAUCCACCUCAAGGACAUUGUUGAUGCUGCCCUUAUUGAAUCUGCUAAGAAUGGGGUCUCCAUAGGUACAUGCUUAACUUAUGAAAACCAAUCGGCAUUGAAAAAGGAAAGCACUAAAUGGCAGGAAGGUAGAGAUAUAUGGUGGGAGGAGGUUGUCCCAAAAUAUCCAACUACUUGUGAUGUUGAGUGGGUUGAUGCAGAAGAUCCCCUUUUUCUACUGUAUACUAGUGGGAGCACUGGGAAGCCAAAGGGCGUACUCCAUACAACCGGAGGAUAUAUGGUGUACACAGCUACAACAUUUAAGUAUGCAUUUGACUACAAAGAGUCUGAUGUUUACUGGUGCACAGCUGACUGUGGUUGGAUUACUGGGCACAGUUAUGUCACUUAUGGGCCCAUGCUUAAUGGAGCAACAGUUGUUGUGUACGAGGGGGCCCCAAAUUACCCUGAUCCUGGACGAUGUUGGGACAUUGUCGACAAAUACAAGGUGACCAUAUUCUACACUGCACCUACGUUAGUGCGCUCACUCAUGCGUGAUGGUGAUGAGGCAAGAUAUAUAUCUAACCUUGUUUACACACUACAAAUCUUUGGUUCAAAAUGCUUAUCAGAAUUGUUGUGAAUAAAUAGAGCUCCUUGUUACUAUUUUGCUUUGUUUAUGUUGAUAUUUGACACCUAACUUCAUGAUUUUCACAGCUCCAAUCUACUUUUUUCUUUGUUUUCUCUUUCACCAUUGUCAACUAAAACUAGAGGGAGAUCACAGGAACGCCAUUGAAUUUUGCAAGCGUUAUGUCAUUUUGUUUAAUUCUGAUAUUAAAGUUUACUUGCAUGAUCUAUGAAACUAUCCUUUGGCCUGUGAAGAAUUCUAUUU